AUGGAGUUUGAUAAAGAAAAUGCUGUAGCAAUUAAGAAUUCACGAAAAUUGUUAAAUGAUAAUAAUUUAGAACUUAAGUUGACAUUUAUCAAAGCAAAUUAUGGAAAUUUACCAAAAUACAUUACUACGUUAGAAACAUCUACAUUAUCGUUGGCUGACGCAAUUAAUAUUAUUGCUCAAGUACAAAAUGAAAUUGGAACAGACAAUAGUAGUAUUGGAAAAUCCAUUAAAAAAAAAUUAGAAGCUGUAAUUGAAAAAAAAUUGGGAUUUAAAACAAUGAAACAUAUUUCAAAUAUUUUGGAAGGAAAAGCAACAUCUCGAAAUAAUACAAUAUCUGAAUAACUAACUGCUGAUAACAUGGCUCAUAUAAAGUUUGCACCUAUGACGUCAGUUGACGUGAAACGAAGUUUCUCGAGAUACAAAACAACACUGGCCGAUAACCGUCGAAGAUUUAUGUUUGAGAAUAUUAAGCAGCAUCUGAUUAUACAGUACUAUUAUGAAAUACAAGGUAAAAGUAUAACGAAUAUACCCAUCUAAAUUGUAUAGGUACCUAUUAGUUUUUUGGAAAUAAUUUUCAGAGUAAAAAGAAAAUGAAGAAUAAUAAGAUGAAGAAGAUAAUUUAAUUAUAUUUUUAUAUAUAUGUAUAGUUACAGAAAAUAUUUUUUAUUAGGUAAAUUGUUCAUAGUAAUGUAUUUUUUAAAAGUUGUAAGUUCAAAAUAGUUUUUAUUGAAUUUAAAAAAAUUUAAUGUUUUUAGGGCAUUUUUUAGUGCAUUUUUUUAACACAUUAAGUCGUAUUUUUUUUAGGACAUUUCUCUUAUUCUUAUGGCAUUAAAGUCCGUUCCCUAUUCAUAACACUUUCAGUGUCUAUUGCCACGGGAGAAUAAUCGUUUUCAACAGUCCGUCGUUUUAAAACAUAUUUGAAAAAUUCUCCGGGACGAAUACGUUUAAAUGGUUUAGCCUUACUAAAAUAUAUUCAUAGCAAUAUCAACGUGGAUAUCAACGAUGUUAUAGAUGAACUUGCUAAAACAUCAAAACGAAAAAUGAAUAUACAUACAUAAUUUUUAAAAAAGAUAACUAAAUAUUUCAACUUUUAUAUGAUUAGCGCUAUAAAAUAGUAAUAAAAUGUUUAAUGUAUGAUUAUAAUGCACACAAAAUGCAAAUAAAUUUAAUUUGCUACAUUUUUUUUCAACCCCAAUCCAAAAAAAAAAAAUUCUAGGUACGCCACUGUGUGUGUAAUAUACUAAUAUGCAUCAUUAAUGUAUAUUAUAUAAUAAUAAAGAUUUCUGAGCACAUAGCUAACUAUUAUAUAAAGCAGUGUUUCCCAAAGAAAUUUAUUUUCUAUUAAAACAUCAUUAUAAAAUAAUCAUACAAUUUUAUUAAAAACAAUUUUUGGAAAUAUAUUAAACAUAAAAUAUAAUGGAAUAAAACUAGUUUGAGUACAAAUAAAAUAAUAUUGAUUUAUUAUCAUACCUCCAAAUUUUAAUGUGAAAUGUCCGCUUGCUGCUGUUUGCACAAUAAUUCAAUUCGAGAAGGGAUUGACGACAAACACACUCUCAUUUUUUGUUUAACUGAUAAAAGUCGUUCACGUGUUUUAUUUUUGAUAUUAGUUAUGGCGAAAAACUCAAGUUCGUUGUAGAAAAUGGUAAUAACGUAUUUAUUGCUAUUUAUAUAACUAUAGGAUAUUCGAUUUUAAUAAAAUUUCAAAACUGGAAGAGUAAGUUCAUUAAAUUUUAAUUUCAAUGAACAAUCAGAUUGAAAUUCUAAAAGUUGCUCUUGUUCAAUUAAUCCCAGAUUAAAUAUUGCAUCUGAUGUUAUUGCAAAAAGAUUGCGCAUCCACUCAUAUUCGUUAAUAGGCAAAGAUGAUAAAUAAAUCUGAUCCUAAAUCACUUAGAUUUAAAAAAUUGACUUUAUUUAUCCAUAGUGUUUCGCGACUUAUAUUAAAUAAUAAUGUGCCACAAUGGUAAAAAGUUUGGGAAUCACUGAUAUAGAGUAUAGAAUAUAGACUAUAGUUUAAAUAGUACAUUUGUUUAUUAAGUUUUUAUUAUUCAGUUAUAUUGUAGUAAUUAGGUAAAAGUAUAAUAUUUGAAAACGAUUGCAGCAAGUAAAAAUUAAGAGGGGUAUACACUUCUGUAACCUCCAAAGAUUUGUAAUUAGGACUUUAGCUCCCUCAAAUCUCAAAUGUUAUUUGCGCCCAGGUUUGGAUGAGGAGUUUACCGGGUCUGGAGCCCGCUGUUGACCAAACAGUUAGGUCUUUCUAAAAAAAUAUUCUCUCUAUUCUAACCUGUGUUUUAUAAGGAGGGUUCCAAUUUGAAAAACAACAGUAUGUAUUUAUUUAAAGACUUAAAGUACCUAUAUAAUGUAGGGGUAAAAAUUAAAAUUGAUUUUAAAAUAAAGCUUAAAAAAUUGUACAAUGAUAAAGCAAAAUAACAGAAAUCAAAUUCAAUUAAAAUUCUCCGAGAUAAUUGCUGGUAUUCAUGUUAAAAACAAUCACUUUGUGUGUAAAAUAAUAUCUAUAAGUAUUCGGUUAAAUGAUCUUUUUUUUAGAAUCUGAGUAAAGCCAUUAAUGUACCUAUUGGUUUUACAAUAAUGUUUAUUUAUUUAUAUUUUUCUGUGGACAACUUUUCUACUAGCAAUUUUGCUCCGAUUUACAACACUAGUACUUUUUCUAAAAGGAAAUUUGACUGGGUAUUCCCAAUAAAUGAGAAGAUGGUUAAUCGUUGCGUACAAAUAUACAUUAAUUUUCCCCUCUAUUACAUCUCCAACUUCUCACCUACAACAGUGGCCCACCUACGUGCGAAGUGUGUCCGUCUUUUUUUUUCACUGAAUUACAACCAAAAAAAAAUUGAAUAUAAUAAAAACCGUUAUCAGAGACAGAAAAAAGCAUAGGUACUUAGUAGAUUCUAAAAUAAAUAUAUGAAUAUGUGAACAACAAUUUAACCUACAAUAGUAUUAUUAAGUAGUAUUUUUAUUUUCGUAAAUUAUUAACCACUGAAUUAUGUUUAAAAACUGGUAUAAAGAGUUAUGGGGAGUAAAGCUUCCCAAGGUUAGUUUUUAUUAAUUUAUUGCCAAGACAUCUAAUUUGUUCAGAGUCGUGUAUUCCUUCUUUUAUUUUUCCAAUUUGAGUACUAGGGAUACAUGAAGGUGUUUAAUUUAUAAGGUUGACAAAAUAACACAAAUAUAAAAUUAUAGAGAAGCUCGUUUCUUAAAUGUUUUAGAAAACAAAUUUCAGAAAAAGUUAAUACUUUCCAAGAUAAUGAAUGUACCCAUUUAAAUGAAUCACCUGGUAUAACCCUGAUACUGAAAUGUGGGAGAGAAGGUCAAACGAACAGGUACAACAAUAAUAUGGAAAAAAAGUGUAGUACAAUUCGUAAAAAGCACAAACUGGAGUCAGUUGGUCACGUCUGGAGAGCUAACGACAGUAUUUUUAAGGCAGUACUUCACUAA